AUGUCACUCCUCCUCCGCACUUCCCUUCUACUCUUGGGCAUCAUCAUCCUUCUCGCCACUCUUUCACACACUCUCGCACACGAUGGUCAUACUCAUUUAGAUUUCGUCAUUGACUAUCCCAUGGUCGAGAAUGGAACCAUCAUUCCACUCGAUCCGGUCGAAUAUACUCAAGAUGAAAUUAUCAUUCGAUUCCAAUUGUACCGAAUUCCAGUAGGAGGUGAUGAUUCGAAACGUUUUUUCGUCAAAUUCCUUCGAAACGAUACCAAUCCUUACUUUUUGACUUUUGACACAAGUAAUACUACUUCCAUUUCGAAUUGUAUGCGAUUCCGAACACGAGUUGGUGCAGCACCAAGACCAGAACGACCUUCUCCAUUGGUUUAUGAAACUUAUACGAAUUCGACUUCUCUUCCCAUUCAUGUUGGGUCGUGUGAUUUUUAUAUCGAAGUGAAACCUGGAUUUUAUGAUCCAAAACAAACCAACUCCGAAUCGAAAUGUGUCGUGAGUUUGGUAUUGGGUAAGGCAACUUGUGACAGCACUUGUCAAAAUAAUAUGAAAACCACGUGUGAAGCAGAAUUGAAUUAUGAAGCGAGAGUGAAUCAUGCUGCCAUGACGACCAAUGCGACGGGUAUUUUCUUUGCCAUGACAUUGCUGAUGAUUUUAAGUUUUUUAAUGUCAUUUUAA